AUGAUGGACGCUGCUUUGCCUUUCCUUGCGCUUUUCAGUGCUUCGGCACACCCAUUCACGUUCUCACAGUGCUUCGGCACACCCUCACAUUCCAACAGUGCUUCGGCACACCUAUUCACAUUCCUACCGUGCUCCGGCACACCCCAUUUUGUGCAGUGA